ACACCAACGUCAUAUCUACACAAUAUCUUAUGGUAUUUGACAUCGUGGGAGGGGAGAUCUAGCUCUGUGUAUAUGUACCCUCGCGAUCCGCAUCCCUGUUCUCGCUAUUCAUCAACCUCGAAAACACUUCGAGCAGGUCGCCAUCGACCCAGUCGACGAGUAUCCAUCUACGACAUACCUCCACCGCAGCAGCGUGUAUACCACCGCCAUCAUGUUUAAUCCUGCUACGCUUUUCAAGGCACCCGAGGUCAACCCUAUCACCCACAAGGCUCGGACCCUUCCCUUCUUCAACAUCGUCAACAUCUAUGGGCGAGUGUUCUUCUUCUCGUGGUUCGGCUUCUUCGUGGCCUUUUGGUCCUGGUAUGCUUUCCCACCACUGUUGAACGACAUCAUCAAAAAGGAUCUCAAGUUGACCAAAAUCGAUGUCGCUAACUCGAACAUCAUCGCCCUCUGUGCGACGUUGAUAGUGCGUCUUAUUGCUGGACCCUGCUGCGAUCGUUUCGGACCUCGUUACACGUUCGCGGGAACCUUGCUCAUUGGUGCUAUUCCCACGUUCUUGUCCGGCACGGCCUACACCAGAAACGAACUCUUUGCUCUUCGAUUCUUCAUCGGUAUCCUUGGCGGUUCUUUUGUGCCCUGCCAGGUAUGGUCGACCGGCUUCUUCGACAAGAACAUUGUUGGGACGGCCAAUGCUGUUGCUGCCGGAUUCGGCAAUGCUGGUGGUGGUGUGACCUACUUCCUCAUGCCCGCCAUCUACAAGUCCUUCCUCAAACGGGGCUUGAAGCCCCACGAAGCCUGGCGAGUGUCUUUCGUGAUCCCCGGUAUCAUCAUUCUAUUCGUCACUGCUGGCCUUAUCCUACUGUGCGAGGACACUCCUGUCGGCAAGUGGAGCGAGCGUCACCUUCAUGCCGAGCAAAAUCUCGCAGCACAUGGUGUGCAGGCUAGGCUCGUUGAUGCACCUACAGGUGGCAUCACCGAUAAGGUAUCAACCGAGGGCACCAACUCACCGCCAUCGACCGUUGGCGAUCAAAAGUUACAAUAUGACGCCACAGGCGACCGCAAGACGUCGACUUACGCUGAUCAUGAGGCACAAUUGAGCGAGCAGCAAAUGCUUGACACGGCGCGUGGAGAGAUUGUUCAAAAGCCGACUGCCAAGCAGGUCUUUGGCGUCAUGUUCUCACCUCACACCCUUGUCACCGCUUUCUGCUAUUUCUGCAGCUUCGGCGCAGAGUUGUCCAUCAACUCCAUUCUCGGCACUUACUACCAGAAGAACUUCAAGACGCUUGGUCUGAGUGAGUCAGGAGACUGGGCGGCCAUGUUCGGACUGUUGAAUGUGGUAGCCCGUCCCCUCGGCGGUAUCAUCUCCGACUUGUUGUACCGAAAUCUUCACACAGUCUGGGCGAAGAAGGCGUUGUUGCACACUUGUGGUGUUAUCACUGGCGUCUUCCUCAUCGUCAUCGGUGUGCUUAACCCCCACAACCAGCACACCAUGUUUGGUUUGAUUGCUGGCCUGGCAUUCUUUUUGGAGGGAGGUAAUGGUGCCAACUUCUCCCUGGUGCCUCACGUCAACCCACACGCCAACGGUGUCGUGUCUGGCAUGACCGGUGCUACUGGCAACUUUGGCGGUGUCAUCUUCGCCGUCAUCUUCCGGUACAAUGCCUACGACAAAUCAUUCUGGAUCAUUGGUUGUAUCACUAUCGCCAUGAACUUGGCUCUUUGCUGGAUCCCACCUUUCUCCAAGAAGCAGGUCGGAGGACGUUAAGAUGUCGUGAUUGUUUUGGCAAGGUGGAUGAUAUGAGGAAAUGUAUGAUGGACGAUUUACGAGCAUUGAAGGGCGCCAUGGACUUACGGGAUAUGUUGUGUGAAGGUGUUGAUCUAGAAAAGGCGAGAAGUGCAUAUGCAUUUGGUCUGAUUCGAGCAUCCUACCUAAUACGCUUGUAC